AUGUUGGCUGAUGAACUUNGUGCCUUCAGUGUGUCGCGAUUUUUGACCUCUAAGAACAUCGCAGUGUUGCCACAAGCGCCCUAUUCGCCGAAUAUGUCACCCUGCGACUUCUUUUUGUUCCCUCAAACAAAAUUGGCCGUGAAAGGAACGCAUUUUGAGUCCAUAACUGACAUCCAGAACGCCGUGACGAGGGUACUUCAGGACAUUCCAGUCGAAGCCUUCCAGAAAUGUUAUGAGAGCUGGAAAAAACGUUGGAACCAGUGUAUAGGGGUGGGAGGGGAGUACGUUGAAGGGGAUCACAUCGAUGUAUCUUAA